AUGCCCAGCGCGGGAGUCUCUCCAGCCAGAGGAGCCAAUCACAAGGACGUGCGCCACGUGGAAGACGAGGGGCGCGCGCUGCUGGCGCUGGGGGAGGCGGAGCUGCGCGCGCUGCUGGCGGAAGCAGAAGCCGCGCGCGAGGCAGCGAUCCGCGCGGAGGUGGCGCGCGCAGCGGCGCUUGUGGCGCGGGUGGAGGUGGGGAGGGCGCGUGCGGAGUUUGACGCGGAGAGGCAGCAGCUUCUGGCGGCGGAAGAGUCGCUGAAGGUGGGCGGGGAGGCCUUGCUGGUCGCGCCCGUGCAACUCUCCUUCUUCCUCCCUUUCCCCUCCUCUUCCCCUCGUGUUUCUCCCCUCCCCCGCGCCACCCCUUCCGCCACCACUCUCCUUCCUCCCAUUCCGCUCAUAGUUAAAACAGUGGUGGUGAAACCAGCCCUUCUCCCUCGCCCCGCUCCUUCGCAGAGUCAACUGGCGGGCGCGCUGGAGGCAGUGCGGGGCAAGGAGGAGGAGAUGCAGCGCAGUCAACUGGCGGGCGCGCUGGAGGCAGUGCGGGGCAAGGAGGAGGAGAUGCAGCGCGUGAAGGAGAGGGCGGAGGAGGCGGAGCAGCAGGUGGCGGCUCACCAGAACGAGAUGAAGGAACGGGUGUGGCAGAAGGAAGGUCUUAUCCGAGAGAAGAACUCUGAAGUGGCAGCGCUGAGGCGCGAGCGGGACGGGGCAGUGGCGGAGAGCAAGGCGCAGGCGAGCCAGAGGGAGGCGGAGAGGGCAGAGAUGGGCGCGCAGAUGGAGAGGCUACAGAGCCAGGUGGCGGACGCGGAGCAGCGCCUGAGAGACACGCAGAACCAGCUGCGGCUGGUACAAGAGGAGCUGUGGCAGAAGGAGGACGCGGUGAAGGAGGCGCAGGGGUGGGCGGCGCACGGGCAGGACAUGGAGGCCCACGUGGCAGCCAUCACAGCAGCCAAUCAGAGCCUGCAUGGGGAGCUCCGGGAACGCACCGACCAGUGCCACCACCUGUUUGCUGUUACUCACCAGCUCAGACAGCAGUUGGCGGAGAGUGAGCGGUACCACAUGCAGCUGAUGCAGCGCCUGCACAUGGAGUAUUAUGUGCCACACAUGAAUGUCCCUCUGCUCGCACCCCCAUCCCACCCCUUUCCCCCACUGAAACACCAGUUGGCGGAGAGUGAGCGGUACCACAUGCAGCUGAUGCAGCGCCUGCACAUGGAGAACACGGACCUGCGCUCCAGGCUCGGCGCCCUCCCUGCUGCUGCCCCGGGCGCCGCUGGUUCAGCAGUGGCAGGCUCGGCAGCAGGAGCAGGAACAGCAGGUGUUGGCGCAGCAGGAGGCGCAGUGAGUGCUGGCGGUACAGGAGCUGCAGGAGGGCAGGCGGCUGCAGCAGCAGCAGCAGCAGGAGGAGGCACGCUGGGGCCUUCUGGAGGGGGCAUCGGGGGGGCCACGGGUGCAGGGAGGGAAGCAGGAGGGGUUGUGCAAGGAGCUGGUGUAACGAUGGGUGGCACUGCUGCUGGUGGCGUGGGUGGUGGUGCUGCGGGCAGCAAGGACGGGAAGAUCGAGGCAGCAGGUGCACAAGCAGGGCAAGCCCACCCGCCCAUGGCACCACACGCCUACCUCAUUCGACCACACAUGCCCCACCCCUUCUACGCAGCACCCAUGCAAACCGUACCCACACCCAUACAACCCGGCCCCACACCCAUGCAACCCGUGCCUAUGCUUGUUCCUCACUCCGCCUCUCCGCCAGCCCUCCACCCUCUGCAUCCUCACCCCUCCACUCUCCCGCCUGGCACCUACCCACCUACCGGUAUGCAAGGGCCAGCAGCACAGGCAGCAGGGGUGCAGACGGGGAUUGCAGUUGCAGGGUUACCAGGGCAGAACCAGCAGCACUUGCAGAAUCAGGGGCAGGGGCAGGGGCAUGGACAAACACAUGCGCAGGCACCAAAACCACAGGGGCAACAGCCAAGCCAGCAGCAGCAGCAGCAGCAAGCAGUGGUGAUGCAUCAUAUCACCCACCCUAUGAGCAACCAGCCUCUCCCCCUGAACCCGACAUCCCAGCAGCAGCAGCAGCAGCAUGCGAGCAGCCUUACCUUUGGUUCUGGGUCCAGCAAUGGGCCAAGUAACAACACCACGGGGGGCACAGGGGAGAAAGGGAGAGAUAGCAGUGGCAGCAGCACAGGUGAUAGAGCCCCAGUAGGCGAGCGUGCUAAUGGGCACGUGGGCAGCAGCAGUGCUGAUGCUACUCCAGGAGACAGUUUUUCCAAUGGCGGCGCCUCCAGUGCCUCUCCUGACUCCUCCAGUACUAGCAACAGCAAUGCGGGCGCCAUCACCAGCACCAGCAUGAGCAACAGCAAUAGCAAUGCGGGCCAGAGUCUCCCAACCAGUGCUGCUGCUUCCUCCUCUGCCACUCAUACUGCUGCUUCUGAUACCCCUGCUGCCGAUACUCCGGCCACUAAAACUGCUGCUGCUGCUGCACCUAGGAAGCUCGCUGCCAGUCCCAUCACGCAGCGAUCGCCGCCCCGAGGGGUGGACGUGGGGUUGGGGGGCGUGGCAUAUGUGCCUGAACGCCCAAGUGCGGAGGCCUCAAGUGCAGCAGAAUCAGAAGCGGAAGGUCAAGCGACGGGAAUUGAAGGGAAAGUUGGGAUUGAACCCCUGCCUGCGUCCGCUGUGCUGGGUGCAGGGAGCAGUGGGGGAGAGAAAACAGAGGGUGCUGCACCAGCAAGCAUCGACGCGACACCAGCAGCAGCAGAUGCAGCACCCACACCACUCGCAGCACCACCAACCGCACGCCCAUUGCCCAUUAUGCCCCCGCUGCCUCCCGGGGCACAGCUGAAAGACGAGAGGGCGCUGCUGACGUGCAUCGUGCGAACGCUCUCCGCUGACAGGGGCGCCAAGGCUCUCAUCUCCUCCACUGUCGCCCCCCGCCUCGCACGCCUGCUUGCCCCGUUGACCUGGGCUCACUACGAGCCGCUGUAUGGGUCGCUGCACCAACUCAUCGCAUCCAAACCCGAGUUGUUUGGCAUGGAGGGACCAGACCAUGUGUUCCUGAGAAGGAACGCGCAUGCCAUCAUCGCCACACUCCCCCUCCACCCCACCAUGCCUCUGCAGCAUCCCUCCUCCUCCAUCCCGUCCCCCGCCGCCUCCCUCCCACUCGCCCUCACCCCCGCCGCCCCUCGCCCCCUUGCUCCCCGCUCACCCCCACCUGAUGCUUCCAUCCCUGCUGGUGCGAGUUCUAACCCUGCUUCUUCUGCUGCCGCCGCCGCCGCCGCCGCCGCCGCUGCUGCUGCGGGUGGCAGUGGGGGUGCGGGAGGCAGUGAGGAGGGUGUGUUGAGGCGCGAGGUUGUGGGGCCGGGGGUGGAAGGGGCGGGGCGGGGCAGUCGUUUGUGGUUUGCCAAUGCUGCACGGUAA